UAUGCGUUUUGGCAUGGUUUUGGCUCAUGUCGCUGAACACCGUUCAAUUUGUAAAUGCCACUCGUUUUCAGACGGGAGUUCGGCAGUGGCCCCAUGAAGGAACAGCACAAACUUCAAUGUAACGUAUACAUUAACGUGUUUAUAACGCGUUGUUUUUUGGGGUACCCAUCGGUUAGGGCGUUCAUUUCGCAUCUGGUUUUAAUGGCUGUUUCUGAGGAGGAUAGUUUGCGGUUCGGUGCCUGCAGGUCUUCCAGUUACCUACACGUUGCAUUGCUAACUGUUAUUGGUAAUUAAUGAGGACUCCUUCAACAUGACUUCUGCUGAAAUUCGUCGAGGCUGGUGCGCAGUUCUUUGCCUGCAUGUGACCACGUUUCUAUGGGUCGGCAAUAUAAAAGGUCUCGGAGUGAUGUUACCAACUCUUACGGAGCAAUUCACAGCUCAGACCUGGCUCAUGGGAUGGAUGGUAUCUAUCGUUGCGGGCGUCGUAUGCCUUACAGGUCCCCUAGCGUCACCAUUGGAAUCUAUAUUUGGCACCAGAGCUGUGAUUAUGGCGAGUGGUUUUGCGGUUGGAGCUUCUUUCAUCGCUGCUUCAUUUGCUACCAAUGUCGCCCAAAUCACUAUCGUUCUCGCACUUGGAUGUGGGUCCGGUUUGAGCUUCACCAACAUCUUAUCAAGAGCCAUGAUGGGACGUUGUUUCACAUCAAAAUACGCCAUAGCUGUUGGUAUUGGACACGCAGGGAGUCCUCUAGGAUUGAUCAUCAUGGCCCCCUUGGUCCAAGUAUUCCUUGAUACCUACGGAUGGCGGGGUACCAUGCUCCUGAUGGGAGGAAUUAACUUAAAUAUCGCCGUGUGUGGCGCCCUUCUCAGUCAACCAUCAAAGGAGUCACACGAAGUGAAAUACACGCCAGUCCCUUCAUCCGUUGAAGAAUGCAAUACGAAACCACGUGGCGUCUGCUUAGAGGAAACGAUGAUAACUAUCAAGAACCGCUCAGGAAUCUCGGUUUGUUCCAAACUGUCGUUCUGGAUACCGACUUUCAUAUUCAUUUUCAACGGUACAACGGGUGUACUCUGGUUCGCCUACUUUAUUGAUCACGUCCUGGCGAAAGGUUUCACGGCGUACGACGCGGUUUUGUUCACCACCGUAGGAGGGCUGUCGAACGUAGUCAUAAAGAUUCUGAGCGGUCCCAUCAUUGACAGAAGGAUUUUGUCAGUUCGAGUAGCUCUGGUGAUAUACAUAUUGGCGUCUUCUGCGUGUCUUCUUGUCGACCCAUGGAUGAACUCGUAUUGGUUGAUGAUGGUGAACGUCUUUAUAUUUUAUGGCUCUCUUGGAACAGUAGGUGCACUUGUUGACAUCUUGACGAGAGAGUUACUGGGACCUGAACUCCUUGCAAGUGCCUUCAGCUGGAUGAAAUUUGUUUCUGGUAUUGCGUUCUUUUGCUUUGGAUUCUUCCCAGGUUGGAUAUACGACACAGUUGGAAGCUAUGACGUAGCCUUCGUCAUUAUGGGCUUAACACCAGCACUAUCGUUGGUGGCGCUUUUAGUGGAAAGGUUGAGGCCUACAGACAAAAGCAACUAGAGACUGCAAGACGUUUUUCGUUUGGUUUGUUGUUGUUUGUUUGUUUGUUGUUGUUUUUGUGAAUAUUUAAAAACUUAAGAAAAACACCCAGAACAAUGUCAUUCAUUCUGUUCGUGGGAACUAAACAUUAUUUCAGGGACAAUAAAGGUUUAACUAUUUUGAGCUUACGAAAAAUCUUUGUCUUCAUCUUGAAUCUCAAUCUUGGGGAUUAUCUAAAUAAUAAGUUCAAUAAAUGCUCAUUAGUUCAUAUGAAGAGAAGUUCCGACGAAGGGGGUACUUAUUGCCUCUCAUAAUCAGUGCUGCUCAUAAUAGAAGUUCAAUAAAUGCUAAUUUAGUCAUGAAGAGAAGCUCUGACAAAGAUGUAUUCUCCAUUUAAGAAUAAUAAAAGUUUAAUAAAUGUUUCCAAUUUAGUCAUAAAAUAGGGAUUCGUUCUGACAAUUCACUAAUGGGUAUUUGGGAUAAUAUUUGUUGUACGUUACUUUUGUACUUAAAAUUACCCUAUUUAUAAUUACUUAUUUAAUAUUUUCACUAAAUUAAGGAUUUGUUUUGAAUUCAAUACCGUACCGUGUGUCUCAAAAAACCCAACUAUACACUUUUGAAACGGCUGCCAAGUAAAAAAUAU